AGAUAACAUUCGAAAAGAUGGCGGAUAUUUUAAUAAACUCCACACAAAGUGUGUUGAAGGAAACGUAUGAUUACUAUCUAUGGACAUUAUCGUUGUCAGAUAAUCGAACCAAGGGCUGGCCUCUGGUGGAUUCACCAGCACCAACGGUCUUCUACACUUUAAUGUACCUGUUCAUCGUUUGGAUCGGACCUAAGCUCAUGAAGAACAGGAGACCGUUCCAAUUAACAUGGCUCCUAGUACCUUAUAACCUGGCUAUGGCCGCUUUAAAUGCGUAUAUAGCGAUAAGGUUAUUGACCGCUUCGUUUAGAUUACGGUACAGCUAUAUCUGUGAGCCUUGUCGACAGAAAUAUGAUCCUGAUGAGUUGCAAAUAGCAGACGCAGUCUGGUGGUAUUACUUCUCGAAACUUCUGGAAUUCUGCGACACUUUCUUCUUCAUAUUGAGAAAGAAAGAAGAACAGCUGACCUUCCUCCACGUGUACCACCACUCCACUAUGUUCAGCUUCUGGUGGAUCGGAAUCAAAUGGGUUCCUAGUGGAUCUACUUUCCUUCCUGCCAUGGUUAACAGUGGUAUCCACGUGCUCAUGUACACGUACUAUGGACUCUCCGUCUUCGGCCCAGCCGUCAGCAAGUACCUUUGGUGGAAGAAAUACCUGACUAUCAUGCAGCUGAUCCAGUUCACCUGCGCUCUUCUCCUUGGUAUCAACGGCAUCAGGACUGGUUGUGAAUUCCCUCUAUGGAUGCACUACGUUCUCAUUAUAUACAUGAUUUCCUUCAUCAUCCUCUUCGGGAACUUUUACAUGAAGGCGUAUAUUGCUAAGGGAAGCAAGUGCAUGGAAGUAAGGUACGGCCAGUGUCUUGAUGACGAGGAAACUAUAGCCAAGAGAAAACUGAAAUCAAAUUAACAAAAGUACUAAAUAAUGUACAUUAAUUUAUUCUAAAUAUAGGUAAAAUGUUAUGGUAG